UGCCCAACACUGAUGCUCUAAAACAAGAACAUAAAUCAUCAUAGUAGUUAUACUCUCAAAGUCACUUUCACUUUGACGUCAGUGACCAAACUAAACUGGAUUAUGUCCUCAUCCCAUCAGGUCGAUCAGUAGGACUGCGAAAAAGACAUCCAACCAGAUCUUAGAAGCUUCUCAUUUUGGACAUUUGACAUUUGGGACUGUCAUUUGCUGAUUAAAAUCUCAACUUCAUCCACAGAUAACCUGCAUUGCACUCACACAACUCUACAGCUUUGCUCUGUGUAUUGGAAGAUGCUAAUAGCUUAUGCAAAUUGCAUACAAAUCUUACUGAGGACCUUCAUAUCCAGCUCUCAUUGAUUUUGUGUUCUUUUAUACUUUGUGGAAGAGUUUGAAUACGAAGUAGAACCUGGUGUAUGAACAAACAGCUGUGAUUGAGACAAUCAGGUGCUUUUUGGGGUUGGUUCGGCUCAAAUAGAGCCACAGUGGAGGACUACCCACUGGAUUUUGGUGAUAUGGAUGGGCAAGGGUAUGAACGCUAUGCAGAUGGGGACAGGGACAGCUACCAAAUUGAUUACAGGCGUAUUGUGGGGGACAUGGAUCCGGCCAGGCCACGGAUGUCUUUACGAGACUCAGAUCAUCACUUUCAUGGCCUGUUUACCCAUAAUACACUACACGGGCAUGGGCACGAGACGGCUGCCCAGCGCUACAGUGCCACCCGAAUACAGGCGGGAUAUGAACCAGAGAGCAUGGCUGAUUACCUUAUCAGCGGUGGAACUGGGUACGUUCCAGAGGAUGGACUCACUGCCCAGCAGCUCUUUGCAAUUGGUGAUGGUCUCACAUACAAUGAUUUCCUCAUACUGCCUGGCUUCAUUGACUUCACAUCCGAUGAAGUGGAUUUGACAUCUGCCCUGACCCGCAAGAUAACCCUGAAGACGCCACUUAUUUCCUCUCCCAUGGACACAGUCACAGAGUCCUCCAUGGCCGUCGCUAUGGCUCUCAUGGGCGGAAUAGGAAUCAUUCAUCACAACUGCACACCUGAGUUCCAGGCCAAUGAGGUCCGGAAAGUCAAGAAAUUUGAGCAGGGCUUCAUUACGGACCCUGUAGUGAUGAGUCCACGGCACACGGUUGGUGAUGUGUUUGAAGCAAAGGUACGGCACGGUUUCUCCGGCAUCCCAGUUACAGAAACCGGCAAGAUGGGCAGCAAGCUGGUGGGCAUCAUUACAUCACGAGACAUUGACUUCCUGUCAGAGAAAGAUUACAACAGACCACUGGAGGAGGCAAUGACAAAACGAGAAGAUUUAGUGGUUGCUCCAGCAGGUGUAACGUUAAAAGAGGCUAAUGACAUCUUACAGCGCAGUAAAAAAGGUAAACUGCCUAUAGUGAAUGACAGCGAUGAGCUUGUAACUAUAAUAGCUCGUACUGAUCUGAAGAAGAACAGAGACUAUCCACUGGCCUCCAAAGACUCUCACAAACAGCUGCUGUGUGGUGCUGCCAUCGGCACCCAAGAGGACGACAAGUAUCGGCUAGACCUGCUCAUGCAGGCAGGAGUGGACGUGGUAGUUCUGGACUCUUCUCAGGGGAACUCAGUGUUUCAGAUCAGUAUGAUCAACUACAUCAAACAGAAAUAUCCAGAUCUACAAGUGGUGGGAGGAAAUGUGGUGACUGCUGCUCAAGCAAAGAAUCUUAUAGAUGCUGGUGUUGAUGCUUUACGAGUGGGCAUGGGCUGUGGAUCCAUCUGCAUCACACAGGAGGUGAUGGCGUGUGGGAGACCGCAGGGCACAUCUGUGUAUAAGGUGGCUGAAUACGCCCGGCGUUUUGGGGUUCCGGUCAUUGCAGACGGUGGCAUCCAGACGGUUGGGCACGUUGUCAAAGCCCUUGCACUGGGAGCUUCCACAGUGAUGAUGGGGUCAUUGUUAGCAGCAACCACAGAAGCCCCCGGUGAGUAUUUUUUCUCAGAUGGCGUACGACUGAAAAAGUACCGUGGCAUGGGCUCUUUGGACGCCAUGGAGAAAAACAACAGCAGUCAGAAACGUUACUUUAGUGAAGGUGAUAAAGUGAAGGUGGCUCAGGGAGUCUCUGGCUCAGUUCAGGAUAAAGGCUCUAUACACAAAUUUGUUCCUUACCUCAUUGCUGGAAUUCAGCAUGGCUGCCAGGAUAUCGGUGCAAAGAGCUUGUCCAUUCUGCGAUCGAUGAUGUACUCUGGAGAGCUGAAGUUUGAGAAGAGGACGAUAUCUGCUCAGGUUGAGGGCGGAGUUCAUGGACUGCAUUCAUAUUCUUUUGUGCCAUUUAUGAGAAGCGGUUAUAUUGAGCCAGGCAGCAGAGGGCAUCUGAGAGCUGGACCCAAUGUCCCGUCACCAGCCAUCACUAAACACAGCAGCUGAAAGUGAUUUCUGCUAUCCUCAACCC